GACAGAGCCAAGUCUAUUUUUAUUUUAAGGUGCUCUUUUUCACAACUAAAUCACAAAUCCAUUUAUAAUUUAAAAUGGCGAGUAAAUUACCCCUUAUUUUCGCAAGAUUACCCAAAUCCAAUGCUCCAAAGAUUUUAUUAAGACAAAAUAAACGCCCCAUGUCAACACUAGAACCCAGCGUAAAAGCGAAAAUGGAUCAAUAUGGGCUUGAAGAUAGUACUCCAGUCUUUAAAAAAAAUGGUACAACUGACAACCUAACCUACCAGAUUACCUUAGGGGCCUGUUUAACUUCUUUAGCUCUAAUAGCCAUGAAUUUGUCUAGAUUCGUUUUCAAGAAGUGAAUCACGUAAACAAACCAAAUUUAGCAAAUGUACAGAAUUGCCAAUAAUAUUAUAAUAU